AUGGGACUAUUUGGCCACAAGAAGGAGGCCGGGCCUCCCGCCGAGGCCGUCUUGCCGGGCCCGGAAGCCUCCUCGCCCGAGAAGGAUGCCGCCGUCGCCGAGAACAACAAUAUCAACAACGGCCCCCCAGCCUACGAGCACUCUGGGAGCCUCAUCGGCGAAAAGUCGCCCGGUGUCGUGCGGAUCGAGGCCCUCACCGCCGCCAUCACCCGCACCGACCGCGUCUUCAUCUUCUUCGGCGUCUUCCUCGUCGCCUACGCCUACGGCCUCGACGGCACCCUCCGCUACGCCUACCAGCCCUCGGCCACCAACAGCUACGCCACUCACUCCCUCCUCGCCACCGUCAACGUCCUGCGCUCCGUCAUCGCCGCCGCCGCCCAGCCCACCGCCGCCAAGAUCGCCGACGUCUUCGGCCGCGUCGAGCUCAUCUGCGCCUCCGUGCUCUUCUAUGUCGUCGGUACCAUCGUCGAGGCCUGCGCGACCGAGGUCAAGGCCUUUGCCGCCGGCGCCGUCAUUUACCAGGUCGGCUACACCAUGAUCAUGCUGCUCGUCGAGGUCAUCGUCGCCGAUAUCACUUCCACCCGCGCCCGCCUGAUGUUUAGCUACAUCCCCGCGCUGCCCUUCAUCAUCAACACCUGGGUCAGCGGCAACAUCUCGGCGGCCGUCCUGGCCAACAGCACCUGGCAAUGGGGCAUCGGUAUGUGGUGUAUCAUCUACCCCGUCUGCGCCCUUCCCCUCGUCGUCAGCCUGUCCAUCGUUGGCCGUCGUGCCCGGAAGCAAGGCCUGCUCGACUCGUACGCGUCACCCUUCCGGACGCUUGGCCUCAAGAAGUUCCUCGUCGAGCUCUUCUGGCAGCUCGACGUCAUCGGCAUCGUAUUGGUCAUCGCCAUCUUCGCCUUGAUCUUGGUUCCUUUUACUCUGGCUGGCGGCUUGACCUCGUCCUGGCAGACGGCUCACAUCAUCGCGCCCCUCGUCAUUGGUAUCUUGUGUAUCCCCGCCUUCGUCUUGUGGGAGCGCAAGGCCAAGCACCCGCUGGUACCCUUCUAUCUGAUAAAGGAUCGCGGCAUCGUCGCCGCGCUGGGGAUCGCCUUGGGCCUGAACUGGGCGUGGUACAUGCAGGGAGACUACCUGUACACCGUCUGUCUCGUCGCCUUUGACUUCAGCAUCACCGAGGCCACCCGCAUCACAUCAUUGUACUCGUUCUGCAGUGUCAUCACCGGUUUCAUCCUCGGCUUCGUCGUAUUCAAGGUUCGCCGCCUCAAAUACUUCAUCGUCACCGGCACCAUCCUCUUCAUGGUCGCCUUCGGCCUCCUGAUCCACUACCGCGGCUCUCCUUCCGGCCAAAGCGGAGUCAUCGGCGCCCAAGUUCUUCUCGGUAUUGCAGGCGGUAUGUUUCCGUACCCCGCGCAGGCCUCCAUCCAGAGUAGUCUCAAGCAUGAGCACCUCGCCAUCAUGACCGGUCUGUACCUUGCCACUUACAACAUUGGCUCGGCUUUCGGCAACACCGUGUCCGGCGCCAUCUGGACUCAGGUGCUGCCUUCAACCCUCCAGGAGAACCUUGCGCAGUUCAACAACGAGACCUUGGUCACCUACACCUAUGGUCAACCGUUGUUUGCCAUCAUCGACUAUCCCAUUGGCACCCCCGAGCGUGCGGCCAUCAUCGAGUCCUACAGGCAUGUGCAGCGACUACUUACCAUUACUGGUAUUUGCUUGACCGUGCCUCUGAUUGCUUUCGCCUUCCUCCUGAGGAACCCCAAGUUGAACGACGAGCAGACCUUGGCUGUUGAGGAUGGCCACCACCCCGUCCGCAGUGCGGAGAACAACGAGGUGGUCGCCAAGGUCUAA